GAAACCACGGGCACCACAGGGGUUGAGGCGGCAGGGAUUCACAGCUGGGGAUAAUACAAAGAAGAGCAACAUCACUGCCUGGUCAUUGGAGCCAUCAAGCGAGGGGAUUGUAGUACAAUCUCUCAGUGCAUAGUGGGAGGAACUAUCUUCCCCUUCUGCCACACCAGAAGCCAUGAAAACAGAGUGGAAUCAGAGUGAUCCCAAGAAACACUCUAAGAAGUAGAAGAUUUGAGCCAAUAAAAGCCUACCUUAACCCACGUCUCAGAGUUACUGAUGGUGCAUCAAUCCUGUUUGCAAGUACAUCAUUAUUUUUAGUUCCCUCGAAGCAUCACAGCACAGAAAUGUUAACUGCUUCCACAGACGCUGUUUGUCCUGUUGGGUACUGAAUUGUACAGCUGCCACAAAGACAACAAAUUUGAUGACAUGAUAUUAGAGCUGAUGCUGAUUACAAUGUGCAGAUGCGCCUGACAUUGAGUGUUCACAGCACUUACCAAGUAGAUUUUUUUCCAACAAGAAUAAUAUUUCCCCAAAGAAUUCGGACGCCUUUUAAUUUGCUCCAGCAGACCAGAUGCGUUCCAGAUGGGGCAAUUCCCCCUCUGUUCAGUGCCAGCAAUUCUGGGUCACCAGUUAACGGAGGAAAGAUAAAGCAAGGGCCCCGGAAAUGAAAUCUCUUGGCAUUGAGGAUGAGUUCCUUCCUCAUCAGUUUUGUGGGCCCUGAUGGAACUUCUGAGGCCAGAGAAGUUAGGAGGUGGCCAAUAAGUGCCGAAAUGGAUUUCCAAGACCUCAGAAACAGACAGGAGGAUAUCUUACUUUUUCACCAUAUGUUAAUGUGAAGAGUGAAGAGUAAAUGGUUAAUCUUACUGCGAUCUGGUUUGCAUUGGCUGUGGUUUAUCCGGACGUUAAAUUCGGCGUUUCGUUACACCCGAAGGAGAACGUUACAGUGAAAAAGCGGCAUUAUCAGGUGUUUCAAGUGCUGCAAUGUCAGCUCAAUCCAGCAUCAAGUCGACGCCGCCCAGCAACAGGGGCAGUAAACCGACAUCAAGUAAGUCCACACAGGCAAGAGCCAAGGCAGAAGCCGCCAAGGUGCGACUGCAUUACGCCAAACGAGAAGCAGUUUUGAAAAUGAAACUGGCCACCAGAGAAGCCGAAGCGGCCGCCCGAGAAGCCGAAAUCCAGUUGGAAAUGGCAAAAAUAUCGACAGAGUUGCAAGUGCUGCAGCUAGAAAGAGAAGAAGAAGCUGCCAUGGCGGAAGCAAAGUACAUAGAAGAAGCUGAAGGGUCGCGUGAUCUGACCGAAGCAAGAUCUACUUUAGAAAGGACCAGACUGGAACGCACAAGCGACUAUGUACAAUCUCAAAUGGACAGGCAGGCUCGUCUCCCCUCUCCAUACGUAUUCGAUAACUUCCCCAGCUACGAGGAACCUCAGAGAGUCACGAUUGCAUCACAUCCAUACGAGGAAGGAAAUUUACCCUCACGGCUCCGUGAUGAAGUCAAGAAUGAAAGAACCGACAACGCUCCUUCACCCCCACAACAGGACGGCGGGGAGGGAGAGGUUCACUCCAGGACAACAAUUGUCAGCUCGAACUGUACAGAAGUUUGCGGUCAAACUCAGUCAAGCCGUUCUUGUUCCGAGAUCUGCCUUACUGAGGUAUACCCUAAAGAAGCACAACAAGACAUUACCAAGUGUAAAGCAACCGAUGAGACGCUAGGUCAGUCAGUUUUCGUUCAAACCGAGGACGGAAACAAACUUGCACAAUCAGCUCAAGGUACCAUUUCUUUAAAACCCAAAGACACCAAGGUCUUCAGAGAUGAAGCAAAUAAUGGGGUUGCCCCAUUGCCUUUCAGAGAACCACGCCAGCGCUCACCAGAUAACAAAGAGCAGGCAGUCAAACAGUUCACGUCCUUACGGAAAACCCAGAAAAGGAAACCUGAGAUGCAGCAACGCACUCGAUUGGCCCACGAGGUACUGUGCACCCUAAUGGCAGAGGUCACAGCCAUUAUAAACGCACAAUCAUUCCUACCUGUGUCUUCUGACCCAGAAAACCCCUUUAUACUUUCGCCAUCAACGCUCCUUACGCAGAAGGCAGGAGCACCUCCUCCACCAGGAGACUUCUCAGACAAGGAUUUGUACACAAAGCAAUGGAGACAAGUCCAGGCUCUGGCAAAUCAGUUCUGGCCCCGCUGGAGACAGAAAUAUCUACCCUCGUUGCAACAGAGACGAAAGUGGACAGAACCCCGAAGGAAUCUUCAAGUUGAAGACUUAGUCCUGCUCAGGGACAAGCAAGCCACCCGCAACAGCAGGCCAAUGGCCAGAAUCACUGCUACAUUCCCUAGCGAGGAUGGACAUGUCAGGAAGAUCGAAUUGAAGACUACCGACCAAGGCGAUGUGAAAAUUUACCAAGGGCCAGUUACAGAAGUUAUUCUACUUCUACCCAAUGACUGAUUAAGAGACUAAGUUUUGUACUCUGCUCAUUGUGACCUUACGAAGGUCAAGCGGGGAGUGUGCUGUCUUUACGACAGUUAUUUAGUUUAUAAUAUUUUCGCUUAGUAAUUCAUUCAAUAGUAUUUUCUAGUUAGAAUUAGAAGUGUUUAAAGUGUAUUCAUUGCAUGUAAAAUAUAUCGGCAUGCGAUGACGUCACAUCCGGUUUCGCCGCGUCUUGUGGGAAAAUACCGGUUUGAAAUUAGCGCGAGGGUGGGGGCUCACCACGAGGCUCACCUGAGCACAAGCAGUUUUGCAGGCAUGAGAAAUCACA